AUUGCACCCACAGCAAGGGCUAUGCCAAGACUCGCAACAAUGGCUUCUUCAUAGCAUUGCUGCUCAGUUCUUCGCCAGUCACAUAUUUUUUUAUUUCUCCCCGGGAAGAUUCCGAUUCCGGUUCCGGUUUUUGAAAUUCGGAAACGUAAAACAUAAAUGCUUGUAUGGCGAAGGGCAGGAAACUGACCGCGAGCCGGAGCGAGCGGUUUAUCGGGAGCUACAGUAUCGGUCACGGCCAAGGUGGAACCGGCACUGAUGUAUCCGAGCUCCGCGAGGAGGACAUCUGGUCAAUGGUCGACGACAUCGCCGACCGGAACGAGCAGAUUCCCGCUAACUCUUGCGGCGAGUGGGACUCACGCGCCGUCGAGAGCAACGGCGGGUCGAUGGAGGGAUCGGGAUGGGGUCGCCGGAGGAUCGCGCCUCGGGACGAGCGCCGCGCUGGCGGAUUGUCCCACGCGUUUGAGGAUUCCGCCGGAGGAGUCAAAACGGCGUCGCCUCGGAUCGUGCACCAGUUGCGCGGGAACGAACGAGGAGGCGGAGCGGCCUCGCCUCGCCACAUGGCGACGUCCGCGCCGGUUAACGUUCCGGACUGGAGCAAGAUCCUGCGCGUCGACUCGGUGGAGUCGAUGCACGACUCCGACGACGGGCUGGACGAUCGCGAGUCGGAGAUGGUGCCGCCGCACGAGUACCUGGCGCGUGCGUACGCGAGGAAUCGGAAAAAUGGUGGGGCGUCGGUUUUCGAGGGAGUAGGUCGGACCCUCAAGGGGCGAGACAUGAGGAGGGUGAGAGACGCCGUCUGGAGCCAGACCGGAUUCGAUGGUUAAACGAAUCGAAGACAUGAUUGGGGCGGUUAAACCAAGUAUAGACCGGCUUCGGUGGUUUAAACCAACCAUGAAUUAAAUUAGUAUUGGUUUAUAUGAUUAUAAAACAUUUUUUCUUGGGCUGAGUCGACUCUGCCCCGAGGACGAGUUCAUUCGUGACUGGUUUUGUUGGGCUUCCUCCUUCCUCAUUGUCAAAAUUUUACGGUAACAGUAAAUUAUUUUUGCUACAAAA